AUGUGCAUCGUUGAAAUGUGUCGCUUCCGGUGAAUCAGGGCUGUCAAAUGUUUUGGUACGGGAGUUAGCUUAGAUGCUAACAAACGGCGACAGUUAGAAACGUCACAGCAGGCCGGUUCGAUGGGAACCGACCAGACGGAGCCGGAGGUGCCGGAGGACGCGGUGGGCAGGCGGGUGUCCUGCGGCGAGGAGCUGGCCACGGUGCGGUACGUGGGUCCGGUGCCACCGACUACAGGGCUGUGGCUCGGCGUGGAGUGGGACGAUCCUGAGAGAGGAAAACAUGACGGCAGCCACGAAGGAGUUCUGUACUUCACAUGCAGACACCCUAAAGGCGGCUCCUUCGUCCGUCCGGCGAAGGUGAGCUUCGGCGUGGACUUCCUGACCGCCGUGCGGCAGGUUUACCAGAUGGACACGGAGGAGGUGCUGAGUGAGGAGAUCUCCAUCGCCUCCAAGACGCUGGAGUGGGGGAGGAUCAAAGAGCGAAGUUUUGAGAGUCUUCCGUCGGUGCUGCUGACUCGCCGUGAGGUGAACGGACCCGGAGCGAGCGGAGACAUCCGGAGAACAACUCCCGGCGUGCGGUGGUUGGACCUGAGUCGGACGCUGCUGUGCUGCUGGGAGGACGUGGCAGCCAUCGCGCAGCAGCUGGAACAGCUGGAGGGACUUCAGCUCAGCUACAACAGACUGCGUUUGCCCUCUGACCCCUCGGCUCACUGUCAGGCCUUCUGCAGCCUUAAAGUCCUCGCUCUCAUUGGCUGCCAGCUCACAUGGUCUCAGGUCCUGGAUUGCGCCCCCAUGUGGCCACAGCUGGAGGAUCUGUGUGUGGAAGACAACAACAUCACAGAGCUGCAGAGGCCGGUCGGAGUCCUGCAGUCUCUGAAGAAUCUGAAUCUGUCCAGUAACCCGUUAGUCCAGGACAGCGUGCUCAGUCUAGCUGCUCUGCCCAGACUGGAGCAGCUGAACAUGUCCAACACUGGACUGUCUGUCAUUAGAUUUGAUGACGUUCCUGCUGGAUCUCAAACAGCCUCAUUUCCUGCUCUGAAGAUUCUCAACGUGGACCACAACAACAUCACCGAGUGGUGUGUGGUGGACGAGCUGGCCAAGUUGCCCAGUUUGGUCCAGUUUUCGUGUCGCAGUAACCGACUGGUGAGCAGCGACGGAAACACCAGAACAGCCAAUCAGCUGCUCAUCGCUAAACUGGGACAACUGGUCCUCCUCAACGGCUGCGAGAUCCACGCUGAGGACAGGAGGGGGGCGGAGCUCGACUACAUCAAGUUGUUCGGAGAAGAAUGGCUGAAGGCGGGGGGGCGGAGUCAGACCGGCACCCAGUUCACCUGUCAGCACCCUCGUUACCUGAGCCUCAUCGCCAAAUAUGGAGCUCCGGAGGAAGGCGAGCUGAAGAAGCCGCAGCCGUUUGCUCUCAAGAAUCAGCUGUUAAAGAUUAUGUUUGUGUUUCCUGAUGACCCCGACCGGAAGCCGAUUGAGAAGAAACUCCCAGCCUCCAUGGUUGUUCAGAAGGUGAAGGGACUCCUGUACAGACUGCUGAAGGUCCCUGCAGCAAAUCUGAAGCUCACCUACACCAGCCCCAAGAUGGUCGGGACAGAGUUCGAGAUCGACAGCGACCUGAAGACUCUGCAGUUUUACUCCAUAGAGGACGGAGACCAGGUGUUGGUCCGCUGGUCCUGACCCGAGCAGCAACAGUCUGGUCCACACAGCAGAGACGGCACAGAGUCUUCCAGUUAGACUGACGUUUUCCAUCUGUGUUCCUGCUGUGGAGGAAACACAGACUCACUGAGAGCUGGAUUCACUGCAGAGGCUGCAGUCGAAACGUCUAAAUGACUGAUGACUGGAUUUACUGACACGCUUAAGACUUCAAAACUGCAAACAUAGAAUAAUUCAUCACUUUCCUUCAGGACUUCACUUAGAAUCACAUAUAGAAAUUUACUGACGCUUUAAAAUCGGUCAUUUAAUAAAUUAACAAACAGACCUUUCACGCCUAACUUAUGACUGUUUGCUUUGGUUUAUGUUUGUUCAGUUAAGUUUGAAAGUGUUUGACGGCAGAUUCAGUCUGAGCCGUGACACAGGAGUGCCUUGUUAUUAUUUUAGUUACCAGUUAUUACCAUUAAUGAGGAACACACUGUUAGACAGACGUCACCUGAGAGACAUCAGAGUCAAUAACUGUGUUUCCAUCCAUCUGUUUUUAUGCUUAUUUUCACUUUGUGCAUGAAAAACUUGAGUGGAAACAACCAGAAAGUCUGAAUAUUACACAGACAUUUUAAUGCUUUAUUUGGAUAAAAAAUCAGAUGUGAACAGACUGAGUGAAUAAAUGAUGACGUACAUGAAUCAAACGUCACUGAAGAGCUGAAAACAUCAGAUCUGUGUGAAGCGAUGAUGAUGAGACUGUAACCUUCCUCACAUCAGUACAUGAAACUAACAGAAAUGUCAUAUUUCCGUCAUGUUGUCGACAUGGUUUUCUGCCUGCUGUUUAUCUCCUAAUAUUCACUACGGAUGGGAAGAUUCACCGAUUUGCAUCAGUGCACCGGCAUAAACGUUCACGAUGCAGUUGCUCCGAUUAAAAAAAAAGAUUGUGCACCGGAUACAAUUAGUGAUGAAUUGGUGACACGUUUCAAACAUCUUUCCAUCAGUAAACACUGAUUCACUCAUAUAUAAUUAUUAGUAGAGGCUCUGUGCCUUUAUUAUUCAGAAAUGUGACCAAUAAUUUGAUUAUUUAGAUCGAUUCCUUCUCUCUAAACUGUUCCUCAAGCAUGCUAACAUGCUACAGCUAACUGGUGCACCGCCAACUCGCGCUCUAGAUUUAUUGUUCCGCAAGAAGAUUAUUAAACUAUUUGACAGUAAUUAUAAACUCGAGGCAGAGAACACUAUAAUACAAAGGACUUAUGUUAGAGGCUGUUUGUGAAAGGUGUUUAUUCAGAGGUCAAAAAGAAGCAGCAUAAAUGAGAUGCUUACUGCAGUACAAGAGAAACAGAUAUGUGAAGUAAAAAAUGGCACUUUUUUAGUUAAUUUAUGAUUUGCUGUACGCUUAAGAAAUAAAAUCCGACUCUCUGUGCUAUACUGAAUAGCAUAGCAUCAUUUUUCAUAGUGUCAAAUCGCGCUGCAUCACAAUAGAGGUGACUCGUAUCGUAUUGAUAUUUGCUUCAUAUGUAUUUUAAUGUAUCAGAUCGUUGGCGACACGUCGAGAUACGUAUCAGCUUCAGUGACGGAGACGCACAUCUCCAAUAUUCACACAAAUGUCCACUUACUAGCUUUUCUGAAGUGUUUGCAAAGGUUAAUACAGAAACUGUCUCGCAUCCAUCACCGCGGUAACGUUCUAAUCUAAAGCUAAAGCUAAAGCUAAAGCUAAAGCUAAAGCUAAAGCUAAAGCUAAAGCUAGCUAUGCGAGCUAAAUCCAUCACUUUGUGGUCAGACGAGUACAGAUGUAAAAUGAAUGAAUCAAUAAAGUUGAAGAUGAUGUGUG